AUGUCCCGGCCAAGCAGCAGAGCUAUCUACAUGCACCGGAAGGAAUAUUCCCAGAGUGUGACCUCAGAACCUACCUUCCUACAGCACAGGGUAGAGCAUCUGAUGACGUGUAAGCUGGGGACACAGAGAGUCCGGGAGCCCAAGGAUGCCCUACAGAAGCUUCAGGAGAUGGAUGCCCAGGGUCGAGUGUGGAGCCAAGACCUCAUCCUACAGGUCAAAGAUGGCUGGCUCCAGCUGCUGGACAUUGAGACAAAGGAGGACCUAGAUUCUUACCGCCUGGACAACAUCAAGGCCAUAGAUGUAGCACUCAACACCUGCUCCUACAACUCCAUCCUAUCGGUCACUGUGCAAGAGUCUAGCCUGCCAGGCACCAGCACUUUGCUCUUCCAAUGCCAGGAAGUAGGGGCAGAACAGCUGAAGACGAGCCUACAGAAGGCCCUAGAGGAAGAGCUAGAAGAAAGACCUCAAUUUGGAGUCCUUCAUCCAAACCAGGACAGGUGGAAAGGGCCUCCUCUGGAAAGGCCGCUCCCUAUACAACAGGCACCCCCUCUGGAGCAGAGGUUCUCUCCAGAGCAGAGGCUUCCUCCAGAACAGCCACACAACUUGAUCCCAGAACACAGCAUCUUGCCACCGCCAAGGCCUCUAACACACUACCCAAGUGCCCGAGAACCCAGUGGCUUCACUCUGCCUCCUCCUCCAAGGCGUGCUCCAUCUCCUGAGGACCCAGAGAGGGACGAGGAGGUGCUGAACCACGUCCUAAGAGACAUUGAGCUGUUCACGGGAAAGCUGAAGGAGGCCAAGGCAAAGGGCAGUCAUAAGAAGAGAAAACUUGGGAGAAAAAAGAACAAGACUCAAAAGGGCGUAACACAAGCACAGUACAUUGACUGCUUCCAGAAGAUCAAGUUCAGCUUCAACCUCUUGGCGAAGCUGGCCUUCCGGCUGCAGGAGACAACUGCCCCUGAGUUUGUGGACCUCGUCUUCCAAACCCUGAAAUUUGUCCUGUCUGAGUGCCCUGAGGCUGGCCUUGCAGAAAGAGUGAUUUCACCCCUCCUCACCCCCAGAGCCAUAGGCCUGCUGCAGUCCUGUCUAAACCCAGACGAGAACACUCUCUGGAAGUCACUAGGCACAGCCUGGACCACCAGCUGGGCUGACUGGACAGGCAGUGAACCGCCUCCCUACCAUCCCACAUUCUACGACGGCUGGCAGAUCCCAGAGUCCCACGCCAUGGAACCCUUAAGAAGCCAGGAUUCUAUUUCCCUUCGAGGUUCUAGGAUGAGGGGCAGCCCACACUUCUCUCAGGACGAGCCAUACAACCAUAGCCCCGAGCAUGAGGGCUCAAACCUCCCACCUGCCAACUCCAGCCCUGCCAAACCAGUCCUGAAAAUGCAAGUCCUGUAUGAGUUUGAAGCAAGGAAUGCCCAGGAACUGACUGUGGCACAGGGAGAGGUUCUGGAGAUUCUGGACCAGAGCAAGCGAUGGUGGCUGGUCAAGAAUGAAGCAGGACUGACUGGUUACAUUCCCAGCAACAUCCUGGAGCCCCUGCCAGCAGGAGCCCCUAGAGGCCACAGCCAAUCAUCCUUUCGGGCUCCAAUGCUUCGCCUUAGCUCAAAGCCUGAGGAGGUCACAGCCUGGCUACAAGCAGAGAACUUCUCUACUGUCACUGUAAGGACUCUCGGGUCCCUAGUGGGGAGCCAGCUGCUUCACAUGAGACCUGGGGAGCUGCAGAUGCUGUGUCCACAGGAGGCCCCACGAAUCCAGGCCCGGCUGGAUGCUGUCAGAAGAAUGCUGGGGGUUAUGUGA